CUUGUUGUGUUCCAGUGCUUGUCGGGUUAGCUGUCAGUGAUCGGGAAGCAUCAUGGCAGGGAUGGAGAUCGCGCCGCUGAGACCCUGGGUCGAUUUUUUCCCUGGUGUUGAUCGAUUCGCUAAGCCUGAUGUGUCUGAUCUAAGCAAAUGGAAUAACAGAGUCAUCAGCAAUCUACUAUAUUAUCAGACCAAUUACUUUGCUGCGGCCAUCGUGGUGUUUCUCAUCGUCGGGUUUCUGAAUCCCCUGGGCAUGUUUCUCGGCGGGGCCGUCGUGACGCUGGUCUUCGUGGGCUCUGUGUGGGCUGGAGAAAACAAGGCCAUGAUCAAGAACUUCAAAAAGAAGAAUCCCUCUCUGUUUGUGGUGGGUGUUAUGGGUGUCAGCUACUUCCUGCUGUCCCUUUGUGGAGGAGUGAUGGUGUUCAUCUUUGGUAUCACGUUCCCCAUGCUCUUGAUGCUGAUUCAUGCUUCACUGAGACUGCGCAGCAUUAAGAACAAGUUGGAGAACAAGAUUGAAGGUGUUGGCCUAAAGAAGACGCCCAUGGGAGUCAUGCUGGAUCUACUGGAUCAACAAGAAGAGAAAAUCAACAAAGUCCAGGAUUUCUUGGAGAGUAAGCUAAAAGAUUGAGCAUGGGAAGCUUCGAUGUCAACAAAUUAUAACUCUUAACUGUAUUUAUCCACUGGUUUCUCUUUUGUUUAUUGUCAUUUUUUUGAUUGCCUCUUAUAUUGUGUUUUUCAUAACAGAUAUUUUUGACAAGUAAAUGUCAAAAUGGAAAUAUCUUUUGAAUACCAAAAUACGACAAUGACAGCUUUCUAUAAAUAUCCAUAAUUUUCACAUCACCAUGGAGUAGAUUACAGGAAUGAUUUAAAAAUGUAGUUUUUAUUAAUAAAAAAAAAAGUACUGUCUACCAAACUGAAGCAAACUCAUGUCAUAUUCUCCUUUUGUAUGCACCUUUCAGUGAAAAUUUGUCUAGUUUGGUUUUCAUAGUGAAUGAAUUUGCAAAAAUGUUUAUGCUCUGUAAAGUUAUAUAGACAUAAGACUUUGAAAUAUUUAUUAAUUGAAUCAUCGUUUGAAGAUUUGGUUAUACAUUGUUUAUUUUUUCCCCUAAUAGCGAUCAUUAUACUUCAAAUGCACAUUUAGAAAAGGAAUUAAAACGGUUUGUUUUCAUGCGAGUUAUCCUACUUAUUGCUCAGAAUAGUUAUUGAUAAACACAAUGUUGUGCAUAAUACCCAGACAUAUCACACGAUUUGCUGAUUUUCUUUAAAUGUAAAAAGCUGACAACCAAUGCAUUGAACAAACCAUGACAUAAUUUUAAUGCACAAUUACUGUUUGUUUUAAUAAUAUGGAAAGGUUUGGACAGUUACCAGAUGUACAAGGAAAUCAGACCUUUCCAUCCAUAUAUACAUGUUUUUCCCCCCUAUUCUUCUGUAACUUUUUCAUGCUUCAACUUUAGAUAUAUUCUUAUUCACUCUGUUUUGCACUCACUCGUGGAUGUUCAGUUAUAUUGUUUGGUGAAGGGCAUUCCAGAAAGUUAUUGCAAAUAAAACUGCAGCUUACCUCAUUGGUGCGGCUAGGUAGAUCACUUGUUUUAUUUGCUGACAUGGUUUCUGCAGGCAGCAGCAAAUAAUGCAUGAUUAAGCACAGUUGCUUAGAUAAUAAAUCAGAUAAUGUGUGGCUUGCCAAAGAAUUGGUUCAGUCUUUUUUUAUUUUGCUUCCUCUGCUAGCAUGCAAUCUUAUGCUGCUAAGCUGUUUAAGAUCUGUAGCCAAAUGCUAGUUUUGAAUAAAGGCUUAUUUUGA